AUGCUGAACUCUCAAACCUCACACUCUGCGCUGCGAAGAGUGGCCAGAGCUGGACGACUCCACACGCUUCUACCAAGCUCGCGUCGAUAUGCCACUCUGAGUCCGUUCUUCCAGCAUGAACCUUCUCAGCCAUCCGUCAAGACGGAACUUCCUGGACCCAUUGCUUUGCAGAUGAGAAGCGAAUUGAACGACGUUUUCGACACGCGAAGCUUGAACAUGCUCGUAGACUACAAAAAAGCCACGGCAACUAGUAAGCAACUUCCAUCCGAGACCGAAGUGUUCGAAUUGUUGACCUUGAACAGUCUCGCUGAUCCUGAUGGCAACAUGCUCUUAGAUGUGUACGUAUCUGUAAUGCUGCUGAGUGGACUAAUGACGCUAACAGGCGAACAGGUUUNNGCACAGAUAGCGUCUAUUGCUGUUGGCUACAACAACCCUCAUCUUGAACAAGCUUCGAAGAAUCCCGCAAUGGUUAGAUCUCUGAUCAACCGUCCAGCCUUGGGCAACUUUCCAGACGCAGAAUAUGCGGAGAUAUUGCGCACUGGUAUCCUCCAAGCUGCACCGCCAGGUAUGAAUCAAGUCUUCACGGCUUCGACUGGUUCAGACGCAAACGAGACGGCAUAUAAAGCGGCGAUUAUGUGGAAAGCCCAGCAAAAUCGAGGUGGACCAGAAGUGGAGUUCACAGCUGAGGAGAUGUCAUCCAGUAUGCUGAACAAAGCACCUGGUGCCCCGAAUUACUCGAUACUUUCGUUCCAUGGAGGGUUCCACGGACGAACUUUUGGCAGUCUUUCAACGACAAGAAGCAAACCGAUCCACAAGCUUGACAUUCCCGCCUUCGACUGGCCCGCCGCACCAUUCCCAAAGCUGCAAUACCCUUUGCACGAGUUCGAGGCAGAGAAUGCUGCCGAGGAGCGACGCUGCUUGCAGGAGACCGAGAGAUUGAUCCAGGAAUUCCAUAAUCCUGUUGCUGCAGUCAUAGUAGAGCCGAUCCAGUCAGAGGGUGGCGACAACCACGCUUCACCCGCCUUUUUCCAGGAGCUUCGCGAGUUGACAUCGCGCAACAACGUUCUGCUGAUUGUAGAUGAGGUUCAAACUGGUGUUGGCGCUACCGGAAAAUUCUGGGCUCAUGAGCAUUGGAACCUCCCUACCCCACCAGACAUGGUCACAUUCUCAAAGAAAGCCCAAGCCGCCGGAUACUACUUCCGCGAACCCUUGCUGCGGCCGAACAAGCCAUACAGACAAUUCAACACGUGGAUGGGCGAUCCGGCAAGGGCAAUCUUGUUCAGAGCAAUCCUCGAAGAAAUCACGACCAAAGACUUGGUAGCUCACACCGCCAAGAUGGGAAAGUAUUUGUACGAUCAACUUGAACAGCUUUCCUCAAAGUACCCGGGCGAGGUUUUGAACCUUCGUGGUAAAGACCGCGGGACGUUCAUUGCGUUUGAUAGCCCUAGGCGCGACGAGCUCGUCAAGCGAGCAAAGUCAUUGGGCGUUAAUCUAGGUGGGUGUGGCGAGAGGGCCAUUCGUUUGCGGCCAAUGCUCGUCUUCCAGAAACACCAUGCCGACAUCCUCCUUGAGAAGCUGGAGGACUUGAUCAGACAAUGA